ACUUAUCACUUGUUUAUCCGUAAAACAGGCGUGUCAGAGUCACCUAUUUUGUGCAUUCAAGUUUCUCCGUAUCUGAGUAACCCUCUGCACAAGUAGCUGGAUUCGAACGAUUGAUACUGGUUAACCAUUUCUUUUAGCGAUGUCCAAAUAAUUAUGUAUAUCUAAAUGGACGAAACUUGGAAGUGUCAUCUUUUCAGCCUUCCAACGACGAUUUCAAUUUAUCCUAGCAGCACGAUUGUGCCGUUUUUCGUUGCGUUCAGCUAGCUUCACUGUCCAUUGUAAUACUGCAGUUCGACUUCGAUUGUACUUGGCAUUUCCAAAUUCCAUUUAAUCCCUGUGGAUUUACACUGAACAAUGAGGCUAGGAGUGGAAAUUGGAUAUAAAAGCAUUUCAGUUGCUGUGUAUGAAGGUGGGGUGCCUCGUCUAGUGGCCAGCCUAGCACCUGGUGUUGCCUACAGUCAGGACCGUGCCGAGUGGUAUUUUGGAACUGAAUCUCGCAGCUACAGGCGGGAUGAACGGUUUUUAUAUAUUCCCACUGUUAAGCAUAUGUUGCUGGCCUACGGACGUGGAGGAAAGGAAGCUAUAUUUCCGCUACUGAUGAAACAGCUAUUUGGAUACGUCAAACGAGUUGCUGAAAAUGAAACGAAGCGCCAGCUACGAGGGGUUACCGUAGUAUUGUCACAUGGCUUGCAACAUAACAGCGGCAUCUGCGACCUGAUUGUGGAAUCAUGGAUUCAGAACGGUAUUAACGAUGUGCUGUGCCUUGCUGAUACGUCGGGAGUUCUUUUAAGUUUUAUAGCUCAGACUGCCGAUCGGCAGGAAUUUUCCAAAAGCGGAGAAGAAAGCUUUAAUUUGAUAGUGUGCAAUGCGAAUUUUGAUAACUUUCAGAUGGACGUCUUUGAAGUUGCCCACGAUAAUUUUCUCGUCAAAUAUCAUAGUGAUAAAAAUAUUGUGUGGGGAUGUUUCAGUAAGUUGCGCCGUCAGCUACUAAAUAUGAUCCAUGGUCAACUUCAGCAGGCCGGCAUGCGUCCGUUGAAAGACGCAAAGAAGCUGGACAUUGAGGCUGAAUGGGAAGAGCAACUCACGCUGUUCAAUGACCCUUUUACACAAAAGAUAUCCAUUCCUGCUGCUUUUCAGGACAUUGAAACCGUUAUAACGAAAACCACGUAUGAUCAAGCAGCAGUCCAUUGCAUUGCUGAAAUCACUUGCUGCAUAAAGCGUGAGUUAAUGAAAUUUGGAAUCAUGGAUGCGAAAACUCCAGCAAGCUUUGGGAAAAUCGAAAUUUUAUUGGUCGGAGAAAGUUCGAGACUUUUACCACUCCGCAACGCUUUAGAAAGCAUGUUUCAAAAACCUCUUAACUCGAGGAUUCUGAGUUAUGUCGACGACGCUGAAUGCUUUGGAGCUGCCAUAGCGAGCUACCUCACUGGCAAUAUAGAAUAUUCUAAAGAGAAUCACCGUUUUUUUCGUCUACAGGAAGGCCUGGCGUUUAACACGCACAACAUUUUCGGAGCUUUAACACCUGCCGCGAACAGCCAGAUUAAGAUGGAAGAAGCAGCAAGCGAUAUUUUUGUGAAUGAAAGGAAAUCCCUGGUUCUGUCGGGCACCUUGUACAUGGGUAACAUAAAGGAUGCAGUUGCGUUGCCUGGAUCCAGUCUUGUACUUUCUACGAAGUUAGCGGGCAGUAAACAACUUCACUACAUUGAAAUUGAAUAUAAAUCAGCCCGGCAAGAUAUCGUCUUCAUGCGACUUAUAAUUGCCAAAGACGUGCAACUUAUAUUUUGGAAUUCCGCUCAAGCAAAAAGAAGUUUCCUGCAGUUUCAAACUUCUUUCACGAACAGCAGGAGCAUGGCCUGGGCUACAUUAUAUUUUAAGGCUGAUCGGGCAGACGAAUACAGACUUUUUCUUGACGAUUACCAAAUCCGCCUAGGAGAGAUGGUGAAUACGUUUCCCGACGCAGUUAACGACAAAGAAGGUGAAUCUAAAGAUGCAUGGGCAUCCUCGCAUACGUUUGUGGCCCUGGUAUCGGAUCAAAUGGACAGCAGCAUUCCCAUUACUGCGUCGAUGGAUGAUUACAAGCCAAGCAUAAUUACGGUCAAGAAAAUCAAUACGGCUACCCGUACUGUCGUUGUUCAACGAUGCCAGUUGUCCGCAAACGAAAAAUUAAUGAAAAGCGGCUAUUAUGUGGAAUUGCCGCUCAGAAAGCAAAUGGCACGUGCUGAACACGAGUUAGUUGUUUUACAGCUGGAUCUUCAAAGUUGUAUUCGCAUUCGCUGUCCUGAUAAGCAAACGGCUGCACUCUGUGUGAAACAGUUUUAACUUUUGCGACAUCAGCUUUUUUCGGUGAGUAUCCUUUCUACAAAUAUUUCAGAGUAUUCAUUAGGGUUAACUAUUGAGUUUCACGCGUGCUACUUUAUUGGGUUCAGAAAUAAAAUACGGU